AGGACUAGGCGACAACCAGCUCGUCGGCCAAUUGCCCCCGGAUAUAUGCAACGGUCAAGUUCUUGAAAAUUUCACUGCCCAAAACAAUCACUUCACGGGACCGCUACCAAGAAGCCUGAAAAAUUGUACGAGUUUGUAUAGAGUUAGGCUCCAAAAUAACCAGCUAAGGGACAAUAUUUCUAAUGUUCUUGGCACAUACCCAACUUAAAUUACCUUGAGUUGAGCAGUAACGAAUUUUACGGAGAGCUUCCACCCAGAUUUGGCGCAUGGAGCAAUUUGACGAGCCUGAAAAUCUCCGACAAUAAAUUGUCAGGCAUAAUACCGCCUGAUCUUGGAAAGAUGACUCAACUACAUGAAUUAUAUGUAUCUUCGAAUAAUCUUGUCGGGGAAAUUCCAAAAGAACUUGCAAAAUUGCAGUUUCUGCUGGAGCUUUGGCUGGACGGCAACCAUCUCACAGGCCGUAUCCCUCGCGAAAUUGGAGCAUUGUCUGACCUUGAAAAAAUUAACGUUGCAGGAAACAAGCUAAGUGGCUCAAUCCCCAGUGAGCUUGGAGAGUGUUUGAAACUUCUGUAUCUAAAUUUAAGCAGAAAUAAUCUUGAGCAGAGCAUUCCUAUUGAGAUCGGCAAUCUGCACUUUCUUUUUAGUAUCGAUCUAAGUCAAAAUUUGCUUACUGGAGAUAUACCUCGACAACUUGGAACAUUGCACAGUUUGGAAACACUCAAUCUCUCACACAAUCAACUGUCGGGUUCAAUUUCACCAACUUUCGAUGAUAUGGCAAGCUUGACAUCUGUUGAUGUAUCAUAUAAUGAGCUAGAAGGUCCUUUACCAAACAUUCCAGCCUUUCGUAAUGCUAAAAUUACUUCUGUAAGAGAGAACAAAGGCUUGUGUGGAAAUAUUAUGGGUCUCAUGCAUUGUCCAAGGACAGCGACGAAAGGGAAAGACAGAGACAAAAAUUUGCUGCUCAUUUUACUCCCUACUUCUGGUUGUCUGCUUGCUUUGUUUCUUGCUGUGGCAGUUUCAUGCAUUGCAUCCCGAAGAACAAGGCAAGGAGAGACUGACUUGAUAGAAGCGAGCAGUGAAAGUAUGUUCGAAAUAUGGAACUAUGAUGGAAGAACGGUGUAUACGAACAUUAUUGAAGCCACUGAGGAAUUUAAUGCCAAAUAUUGCAUUGGCAUGGGAGGACAAGGGCGAGUUUAUAAGGCCAAGUUGCAGACGGGUGAGAUUGUUGCUGUUAAAAAACUCAACGAAGCUCCGAAUGUUGAAAUAGCUAGUCGAAAAGCAUUCGAAAGGGAGAUUCAUGCUUUGACGGAAACCCGACACCGAAAUAUCAUCAAGCUGUAUGGCUUUUGUUUGAGCUCGAGCUAUUCGUUUUUGGUUUAUGAGUUUCUUGAAUCGGGCAGCUUGGAGGAUAUUUUGAAGAGCGAACAAAGAAUAAAAAUGUUUGACUGGAAUAAGAGAGAGAAUGUUGUUAAAGGUGUGGCUAAUGCUUUGUCCUAUAUGCACCAUGAAUGCUAUCCCCCAAUAACUCAUCGAGACAUAUCGAGCAAGAAUAUUUUACUCGACAAAGAAUAUGAAGCUCACAUCUCGGACUUUGGCACAGCUAAGGUUCUAAAACCCAAUUCAUCCAACUGGACUUCGUUUGCAGGCACAUUUGGAUAUGCAGCUCCAGAACUUGCCUACACAAGGGAAGUGAACGAAAAAUGCGAUGUCUAUAGUUUCGGAGUUGUAGCAAUGGAAGUGAUAAUGGGAAGACAUCCGGGCAAUCUCAUAUCAUCUCUCUUGUCCGCAUCUCUACCAUCAUCAAGCGAUUCGACAAUCCCACAUUGCUCACUGAAAGAAGUUUUAGAUCAGAGGAUUCCAUACCCUGAGGGCAAUUUGCGAGGAAAAGUGGCUCUAAUGAUGAAGAUCGCAUUGUCAUGCUUGAGUCCCAAACCGGAGCACCGUCCGAGCAUGCAACAAGUUUCUCGAGGGCUAUCAGCACAUCGUUCAUUCCUGUUCGAUACGUUAGAGAGCAUAAAAUUGGAAGAAUGAGCUAAUAUCGGAGGCUUCCCUUAUUGAGCAAUUCUUGUCUUGUCAUUAUAUAUGCAUCGGUUAUCCAUGUCAUUUUAUAUGGUCCUAAUAUUAUUCCUAAUGUGAUUACAAAG